AUGUUAUCUAGAAACACGAUAAUUGGUCUUAGACUGAACAUACUGCUUAAUCUAAUACGAGAUUUGUCCAUCAGCCAAAAAUGUCAAAACUCAUCAUCAUCAGCAACCGCAUCAGGAUCAUCCUCAAUCGAUCAAUCAAAUAUCAAUAACAUGAAAAGUAAAAAAUCAUGGAGUGAAGCGUCAAAUGCAUCUUCAUCAAACUCUAAAUCAUCCUCCGUACAGUCAGAUAUAAGUGAGAAUUUAUCAAGAAUAACAGAAUCAAUGUCAAGUGGUGAACCACCAAUACAUAUAGCACAAACAUUACAAAGAAAAUUUAAAUCAGGCACAACUUAUAAUCCAUUUGAUUUUAGUAUGAAUAGAUAUAGAAUGGAGAAAAAACAAAAUCAACAAGUUAAAAAAGAAGAUCCAUUUGUUAAAUCAGGAAUAAAUCCAAGAACACUUUAUUUAAUGCCUGAAAUUUUAUCACAAUUUUUAACUAGUACUGGUCAAAUUUUACCAAGAUCAAUUACUGGAUGUAAUGCUAAAAAUCAAAAGAGAUUGACUGCAGCUAUAAAGAAUGCAAGAAACUUAGGAUUGUUAUCUACUGUACAUAAACAUUAUAGAUUUUUACCAUCAAGAAAUAUAUAG